AUGGAACAAGUAGAGGUGAUGAUUAAUGUGGAAGACAGGGCCAUUCCUGUCGAUAUUAGGACAAAUGGCACUAUCGCAGAUCUCAAGAAAGAAUUUGAUGAAAUCUGCCAUGAAGAUGAUGCACUGGCUAGAAGGCGAAGCAAAUACUCUCCAACCUUUUCAAUGGUUUACAACAGCGAAAAGAAAGAGAUUAAAAGAAAGUUUAUCUUCAGAGGUGGUGAGAAUGUGUUUGUUGGCUGGUCUCCACUCAAUUUAGAGGAUAUUACUGACAAUGUCACCCAGUCUUUGCCUGAGCAGACGGUCCCAUCUCAAACAAACGCAGAAGCAACCACACUCUCAGCAACCCAAAAUGAUGAUAGUGGAGAUGACUUGCUUCAGUUUCAAGAGGAUGACUUGAGCCUAUUUGGGAACAUUACCGUCAAAGAAUCACUUGUACCACCAAACUGCAAUGACACAACGCUAAUGUAUGAAAGUACAGAUGAAAAUGAUGAUGAAUUAGCUAGAGAGAAAAUUGAUGACCCAAAUUUCACUCCAGAUGAAAACGAGGAAAGCAGUACCGACUCAGACGAGGAUUCCUCACCUAAUGAAGAAACCAUUAAAAAAAGAAAGAGGAGGGCAGAGUAUCGAAAGCCAGCAAAGAAAAUUAGGAAAUUUGGCAAAGUUUUAACCAAAGCUAACGCAUUGCCAAUUUUCUCUGCAGCUUUAAGACAAAAGCUAAAAAAUAAUAAUGUCAAGAUGUCUUCUGUGCUUGAAGAGACUAGGCUGCACUUGGAAGUAGAAAUUGAAGACACUUAUCUAAGAAAGUUUGAGAUGAAUUUGUUAACCUCUGCUCUAAUAAAAGAGUACCCAAUUCUAGCGGAUCCAAAUUCAGGUUCAAAAGGAUCUAAAUCUCUGAGAAGAAGUAUUCAAAAAUCAUUCUCAAGCAAGAGGUAUAGAGAUAAUCAAAAAGAAAACCAAGAAAAUCCGUCCACUUCUAAUCAACCUGCUAAGAAAAAGACUAAUCCUAUGAGAAGAGAACUGCCAUCUACAUCAACUAGUACAGAGACACUUACUGCUGAGCUACAGUCAGGGAUGGUUUCAGAUCCAAGGAGAUUGAAAUGGCUUAUUGAUCGUACUUAUAAGGAAAGAAGCAGUGCCUUUGCUAUGACAGAGGAUAAAUUAGGGAUGCUUAAACUUUAUCCUCACCUAAAGAAUGGAAAAAUGAUGAUUUAUGAAUAUCUCCUUGUCAUUGAAAAGAAUGAAACAGCAAUAGAAAAUAACAGCCAGAAAUUCCUAACGCUAUUGAGCUCUUAUUUAAGUAUCCCACAACACACAGUUGAUAACUCACUGGAAAUCUUAAACUUGAUUCAGGACCAGUUGAUUCCUAAGCUGUUGAGAAAACAACGGCUAAGGAAAGCAAUCACCUUUAAGGAUGCCACUCAGGUUGAUCAGAGAACACUGGAGCAAUUCAACACCUUGCAAGCUCCCUGCAUAGUGGCCACUGUCACAACAUCAAGAGAGGGCAAGAGAGUUCUCAACACUUCAGUUCUAUUAAUGCAUGACGACGUAAUCAACGUUAUCAAAGAACCAACUCUAUUCCAAGUGAUGCAGCAACUACUGGCCCCUUACUGGCUGCUUGAUGUGAAGUAUCCCAGGGCUUACGAAAGCUUCCUCAGGCUUCUGGAAAGCUACCUCCAUGGAGAACUUUCUGCAGGUACAAAAAAGACUCGAGCUAAACAGGAAUACCUGGCACUAACACGAGAUCUCAUAGGAAUCCAGUAA